AUAAUUAUAAUUCUCCUCUUUGUGUGUUGUGCAGACCCACAAGAUGAAAAUAAAAUUGGCAUUGAUGGGAUUCAGCAGUUCUGUGAUGAUUUAAGCCUGGACCCAGCCAGUAUCAGUGUUCUGGUUGUGGCAUGGAAAUUCAGGGCAGCUACUCAGUGUGAAUUUAGUAAAAAGGAAUUUGUUGACGGCAUGACAGAGUUGGGGUGUGACACCACAGAAAAGCUAAAAGCUCUAUUGCCAAGACUGGAGCAAGAGCUAAAGGAUCCAGUAAAGUUCAAAGAUUUUUAUCAGUUUACUUUUAACUUUGCUAAAAAUCCUGGACAAAAAGGUCUAGAUCUAGAAAUGGCAAUAGCAUACUGGAAUUUAGUCUUGUCAGGAAGGUUUAAAUUUUUAGAUCUUUGGAAUAAAUUUUUGUUGGAACAUCAUAAAAGAUCAAUUCCAAAAGAUACUUGGAAUCUUUUGUUAGAUUUUGGGAAUAUGAUUGCUGAUGAUAUGUCCAACUAUGAUGAAGAAGGAGCGUGGCCUGUUCUAAUAGAUGAUUUUGUGGAAUAUGCACGACCAGUAGUCACAGGAGGAAAACAUAAAACGUCCUAACCCCAGAUUUGUCGGUACAGACUUAAAUGAACUGCACUGGGUAAUGAAGAUUUAUUAGCUGAUUACUGCACCUUGGUGCUGGUUUCAGGGGUCGUGAUGAUGUUCUGCAGACAAAACUGAAAUUCCUCCUUUCUGCCUAAUGAAAAUGAUGACUGAUGUUUGGACACUUCAAGAACAAACUCAGAAGAUUCAAGCUGUUUGUAGGCUAUUGGCUUCAAUUAUUGUACUGGUUGUAUCAUAUAGGAUGUAGAUUUUGCAUGAUUUUAUACUUUGGAGAAGUUUAACUAGAGGCCAUUUUAUUAAAGUUUUGACAGCACAGCAUGCCAUUCAGUUCAUAAUCCAAAGUGAACACCAGCAGUUACAUAAAUAAAAAUGUAUUAUAUUGUACUUAUAUUUAAAGCAGUAUUUGUGGUAUAUAAAUUAAAUCCAUAAAUAAAACUUAUGCAGUAUGUUGUAUUUUUAUAAAAGCUAGUUCUGUGGAUCUGUCUUAAUACAGAAUUGUAAAAAAACCCCAAGCAAAUGAAAGUAUGUUUUAUUUGUUUUAACCUUAUUGCCAAAAUUCUAAAUUUGUAUUUUCACAUCCUAGAUGUGUACAGUGAUUACAUCCAACCUUUUGCUUUCUUCCAAUUAAUUUGACUUCCUCAUUUUUCUUCUUGAAGUGCUUGGACAUGUAACAGUAGCAUUGCUGAGAACAGGCUGCUGCUCUAUGCUGUGUUGCAACUCCAGCUUUUUUUAAUAGCCAUUUUAAAGUAGACAUUAAGCAACCAAAGAUGCUUUUAUAAUUCAUGUUUAAUGAUCAUAAUUCAGUUAGUCUCCUAUUAUGUGUUUUAUUUCUUUUUAAUAAGGAAUCGGUGGAAUAUGGAUUUUUUUUGUAGCUUGAAACAUAUCAUGAAUUCUAGUUAAAUGCAACAUAGUUGCAAAUUCAUUUCCUGGCACUUCUCUUGGAAAAUAGAUGUGAAUAAGCCCAAAGACUUCAAAGAAGUUGGCUUCCAUGGUAGAAAAAUAGUUAGGGGUAAGGAGACUUUAUAUUAAUGAUUGUAAGUAUUCAUGCCUGUGGAUGUGCAUUCAAUUGUAUUUAUGUAAGGGGAGGGAAAAAAGUAAAUUAAUGCAGUUUCAGUGAUCUCAAGGCUGGUGGAGCUGGACCAGUUUUCACCAAAUCUGAAUUUGUUGAGUCAUUUGUUUCUCCCCUUUUGCCAGCCACUGACUAUGAAGGGCACAGAGGUGUCAGUCUUCUGUUUCUCAUCAGUGUCUUCCAAUGUCUAAGCACAAGAAAGUUUUACCAGAGACUAUUCAGUGCGUCUUCGCACAGGGCUCUUGCAAAUGCUACCUCAUCAAAAUGAGUUUGUCAUAGCCACUGUAAAAGUUUGUUAAAAUGAAGAGUUGCUAAAGAGUAUGUACAGCUAUAAUCAUAAUAUAUUUUCUGUAUUUAAGGCUGAAUAGAUGCAAGAAUUUUGGAGAAAAUAGUGCAUUAAGUUAUAUAAAUUAUAUGUUUGGGUCAUUGAAGUGUUGCAUGACAGCAGACUAUUUUAUUUUGUAGUUGCCAGAGUAUAAAAGCUUAAUAUUCUCUUAAACUCUAAUAUUUAGAGUUUCAUACAAGCAGUCAGCUUUCAUUAUGUCAACACAACCUGCAAGGACAAGUGUACCUGCUGCAUAUAGAGACUGCCUUCAUUCUUCUACUCGAUAAAAUUUCAGUUGUGAAUGACGUUUAAAAAGCAGGAUGAGAGAAAAUUUGAACAAAUUAGUGAUUUUUCUCUUAGUAAGAGCCUAGCAAGCAAGUUAAAAUGCCCUAUGCGUGAUUUGUUAUGAAUAUUUGUCUUCUUUUUGUGUCAGCCCUGGCCAACCAGCCACCAGGUGUCAGCGUCUGAGACCGCUGCUGCCUGGCAUUCCUGUGCAGAAUUACCCGCUGAGGUUAUGCCAAAUUACCAAAUGCAUCUUUUUAGAAGGGCAUUUGUGUACAUAACUCCAAGUAUUCUACAGAAGUCAGCAGAGAGCUAGAAGCAGUUACGCUGUUUUAGCUGCAUUUGGUUUAUCUACACCUCCUCCCCAAAACAAACUGUUUCUAUAUCUGUCCCGCAGGCUUUGCAGAAUGUGUACCACCUUACAGCAUCAAGUGCAUUUAUCUAGCCAGAAGCAGUGGAAUGUUUAUUACUCACACAAUUGCCACUUAAAAUAUAUAGAUAAAAUAUAACUGACCAGAAGUAGCUUAAUCUAUUGGUAUGUGAUGUAACUGAAGAUUCAUAGCAGUAGAGCUUGUGAAACAUUUGCUUAUGGUGAGAGCGCCAUCAAAUCAUUCUGAUGAACCUUCUACCUUUUAAAAUAAAUAGAGCAUAAAAAAUGCACAUGGGUUGAGGGUUUUUUUCCUUGUUAAUCUGAGCAAGAAGGAAGGUGCUUAGCCCAGGAUUCAGUUCAUAUAUGUAUAUGUGUACACACACUUUUAAACCUCAUUCCCCAGGGGGGUCCUUCAUGGGUGACAGCUUCCAGCAGAGGAAGACUGGGAAAAAUACUCCAAAGAUAGUAACUGAUCCUUGUCAACCAGCUUCUGAGGUUUGCUAUGCUUUUCCUUUUUCUUUUGUUCUUCCUGGUCUUCUACCCAUUUUAAACCACAUGUGAUUUUUACAUUCCCAUAUAUAAUAGCAUGAAGUAACACCUUCACACUUAAGCAUAUAUAAAAUAAUAAUAAAAUAAUUAAAAAAGCAAACUGCUUUCACCUUACAAGUUUCUUACAUAUUUUAAUCAUUUGCUGCUGUCUACAGUUCCACUUUACAGGGUACUCUGACUUCCAUUUUAAGUAAGCUGAUACAGUGGUAACACCUAGGCUGGUCAAUUUAUAAUCCUAAAUGGUACGGAUGUCUUCAAGUUGUUCAGUGCAUACAGUAUUACUUCACAGAUAUGCUGUAUGUAUUUUUAAACUUGGUGCCAAGUUGUUUGGUUUGAAACUGAGCCAUAGGAUUUGUACUUGCCAAUUCUAAAUUUAAAUGUAAUUUAUCAUGUGUGUCAUGCCAAGGAGAGCAAACCUGCAGGCAUCUGCUCAUUCAAUGCACCUGGGAGAUUUGCUGCUGAGUAAGCCGUACAUGUGUGUAUAUUUUUUGGCAGUGGAAAAAGGAAUAAAUGGACUGUCAAAGGAUUGAA